UAAUCCGUUCUCCUUUUCGGGACUAUCGAUUUGGACCAGACGACCCCCUUUUUAGAGAACCACGAAGAUCGCGUAGACCACGAUUACACCCCUGCCACUCCAUACUUCCUGCCUUGUUCGUUCCUGCUCGUUGAAACGGGUUCUUUUGCACUCGAUGCUUUCGAGGCACUCCAAACGGUAUGACAGUUCUACCAGAAUGAAAAUUUCGGUCACGUCUUUUACAUUGUUCAUGGCGGUUGUGGCUGCAAAGUUGUCCGUUGGUGCAGCCGCAUAUCAAAGGAUAGUUCCGACUCACCGCCGACCAAGGACGACUGCCCUUUCGCAACAACGGAGAGACCAAAAUUAUUCUCCACGGAAGGGUCAGCUUGCGUUACCUUUGCGAGAUGUUUCCAAAACUAGCACUCGUAGAAAAACGUCCGCCUUACGUUCACCGAAGCGCCACACGACGAAGCUUCGCGCAGCACCAAUCGAAACAACCAACAAAGCAUCGGCGUGGGACCGACCUUCUCAACAAACAGAAAUGAUCGGCAUGACAGCCGCAGGUUUGGCGUUUUCUUCGGCCGUGUUGGUGACACUGGCCAUGAAAGAUGGCGAGUCGCUGGUACUCCGUGGUUUCGAACUCGACAGCAUGGGUGGUAUCGCCGACAACAUUAUUGACGCGGCGUUUCCUUUAUCCACAACGGAUGUCGUCUCCGUUGCCCUCGGAGAAGUCUUUGCCGGUCUGAUCGGCGCGGUGGCUGCGUUUUCCAUAUCCGCUACCUUGCGCUGGCAACGUAAGGUCAUGACGCAGAAUCAACCGAAAUUAUCGGUGGCCGACGCCGUGGCUGACGGAGAUUUCUUUGUAGCCAAGGCGGGGGCAUUUCCACUUUUUGAAGCCCUGGGGUUCUCACCUAUAUUGGCCUCCGUGGCGAGUGUAGCCAUCGCAAUUGUACCGAAUCAGCUCAUCAAGCUAGGGAGCUAUCGGCGGCAGCAGAAGCUACAAGAAAACGUAGAACUGGAAAGACUUUUGCGCGAGCAACAGGAAAAGUCGGUCGAGAAAACGGGAAGCUUUGCACUAUUUUCUCAGAAAUUGUUCCGUUCCAAGACACCAGACCCCCCAUCAACUGUUGAUCCCAGCUCCUUGAAGCCUGUAACACUGCAAAAAGACACGUUCGUUGUGGAAACCUUUGCUGAUAUUACCAAAUGGCUCGAAUACGACAUCCUUUCCAAUGAGUAUGGUGGCAAACUUUUGUUUAACGGGCUACCUUUAUUCACUGGUUUUGAAGGUGCUAUAUUUGGAACACUGGCCGCAGUUUCUGCACAAAUGUAUGCGGAUCUUUUGUACUGCGGCUUUGGCUGGGGCGGCGAGGAGCGUCGCCAACAGGUAUUGUCUCGUACCAUCUCGGAAUGGUCGGCUGCCUAUCUUUUCCGAUGCAUUGCAUCGGCUGCUCUUUUUGGCGUGUUUCAGACGGCCCAAGUCCCCGCGCGUGUUUUAAUAUCUUCGUUUUUGUCCGGCAGUGUGGAUGGGUGUAUCGGAUCGGAGUAUUUUGAUACCUGUAACGAGGCGUACCUGACGUUCAACCCUCCACCCCGUGCUUCGGUCGAAGCGGAAUUGCGCGCGUUGGCAUCAGCGCUGUACAGUCUAUGGAGCCGUUUCGUUCCUUCCGUUUGA